UCCAGUUUCUCCCUCGAGAAUACUCGUCGGGUUUAGUCAGAGUUCGGUUCUCACAACGCGCGCUUCGUAACGCCACUCCGCCGACUUCCUUCGCCGCUAGACUCGGUUCCAUGAGGCUCUGACAGAAAUUUCACUUAACGUCGAAGAGUCUCGCGACAGUGUUCGUUGACCUUCGAAUCGUUCGAACCGGAACACGUUCCCCGAGGAGUAAGAGAUUUUUAAAAACGUUCCGCGGUUGUGUCCUCGCUACUCCACGGCAUUGUUAGUUCAGACAAAUAAGGGAAACGCGAACGAAAAGCGAGGAAGAAUGUGUACGAUGCACGUAUCAUCGAAAUAUAGAAGAGAAUGAUCGACGGUUAGAAGGUGUGCCAUUCCUCGGGGGAAGAGAGGCGGGCGCAUAAGGAUGCGCUUACGCAGGAAACGGUGCAUGUCCCGGUGACGCUACAGAAACUUGGAGUGAAAAAAGAAGAAGAAGAAGAAAAGGGAAAAAAUAAGGAAGGAGAGGUCGUACACACAGGGAUAACCACGGAAGCACGAAUGACGCGAUGAGACUGAGUCCGAUUAUCCUGUCGUGGGCCACGGCGAGUUGGCUCGGUCCAACCGGAACUACGGCGACGCGAGCCCAGGCCUCGAAGGACUACGAGUUGUCGACGGAAUUCUUUCUGAUACCAAGCGACGUGGCGUUGGACAAGAACGGUCUGGCCAGCGUGGCCAGUGUCAUCAGCGUCCCAGCGCCGAACCGGACGGUUUCGGUGUUCAAAAUGCCCCCUGGUAAGAAGAGCCAAGAGAUCGAGGCCGAUACACGACCGUAUUCGAGGUCCUUGCUCAGGCAACGACCCUGGGCUCUUCCUCUGGCGGCCCUCAGCGCGGCUACGAUGCUCCUCAUGGCUGGCUUCGAGGUUUUCGUGCUGCUCAAGGCAAGGGUAACUGCACCGAACAGACGGCAUUUGUUUCUGGGACAAGCUUUGCUCUUAGGCCUCUUCCUUCUGGCAGGACUAUCCGCAGCAGCAUCUCUCAGUCAAAACCCUUUAUCCUGCGCUGCGUUUCGAUUAGUCGGUUUACCCGCCGCGCUUGUCUUCGCUGCCCUAUUGGUUAAAUGCGUGUUCCUGCUUUCACUAAAUAGCGGCGUUUAUUUACCAGCACCCUAUCAAGCUCUGGUAUUGGGCUUCGCCGUGCUCGUGCAGGUAGCUAUCAUUGGACAAUGGUUUUACGGUGAACCACUCGCGGUGAUCCAGGUACAAAAUACAGGGCAAAAUACUCCAAUGCCCAGUUGCAAAACUCCUCUCGGACAGAUAGUGGCUUCCCUCGGGUAUCCCGGGGCACUGCUUGUUGCAGUAGUUUGUUUAGCGGUCCGAGCACGCGGCAUCCGGGAUAACAAUCGGGAAGCGGCGUUUAUUGGACUGGCUGUUGGUUUAUCGCUUCCGAUUUGGAUAUCGAGCGCGAUCGGCUCUCUGGCAGCCUCGACAGAGAGCGACAGAGAAGCAUGGCUCGCUUAUGGUUUAUUAACUACUUCCCUUCUCGUGUUCCUGACGAUGUUCCUGCCGAAGGGUCGGCAGUUAGCUGCCCUCGGCCGCGAAGCCACCGCAACAGUGAUUCGUGAUCGAGACGAUGCUCUCAGCUCGCUUCCUGGCAGCGGUUACUCGCCUUCGUUUUUCCAUUUCAAGCCAGCGGAGGCUUCAUUGAAGAGGAAGAUGCAUUAUCACAGUGGUGAUCGCGUGGCAUUAGUCUCUUCCGCUAUUCCCGGAUGCACCGCUUGCAGGCAUGGUGGAAGUCCGAUAUAUUCCGACGACGUUCAUGGUCCGAUGGAGACAUUCGUCUUACCACCAGGCAUGUAUCUAAGGCCAGAAGACACGGGAAACUUGUAUACAACUUUAUCAGCGAACCCGAAUGUAUUUUUUCAACGAGCAACUCAUCCCGGGAUGAUGUAUUGAUAAUUAACCCGGAAAUGACAUCUCGCUUCGAACAAAAGUCCGUGAAGUCAAUAAAGAAUCUGCUUUUUCACAUUCUUAGAUUAGAUAUCUUCAAAACAACGGACUUUCUGAUCCGGACGUUUGUUUCUCUUGUUAUUGUAAAAAAUAUAUAUCAUGUGUGAGCGUUAUGAAAAAUACUUUAUUCUCUCUAGUUGAAUCACGCUCGAUUAUUUCGAUAACACAUCGAACUGUAACAACUGAAGGCGAAUUUCGCGAGAAAUUUUAAUAAAGCUACGACUCAUUUUUAAUAAAAAUUUUGUAUCAUUUUUGUA